AUGACCAUGAUGGCCGACUCACAGCAGGGCAAUUCUGUGGCCCCUGUGGCGCUAGUGCAGGGGCAAGAUAUGUAUCCCGAGGACUUGCCACUGUGGAUGGCGGGAAUCUCGGAUACGGGGUUGUCUAUUGGUGCGGACUGGCUCUUAAGUGAGCUCAUUGAUGAGUUCCCGACACCGGAGCAUUUUCCUCUUGGGGAGGAAGGUAGAGUAUCUUAG